CCCAGCGAGGCGCUGAGCGGAGGCUGCCGGGGUGCGGCUGGCGGAUUGGGGCGCACGGCGCGGAUUCCCUCCUCUGGAUAGGCCGGGAGGGAGGCAGAAGGCGCCUCCCCCGCUCCCCGAGACGCCAGGACCUCAGAGCCCUCCUUCCUUGGGCCAGCGUGGCCCGCCAUGUCCAUCAUGGUGGGCCUGGACGACAGCCGAUCGGAGAGGGUGACGGGCGAUGACAUCAUCCUCCAGACGCGCCAGGUGAUGAAGGGCCUGGAAGCCCUGCGCAGCGAGAACUGGAGCAUCCGCCACCGGCUGCAGGAGGCUCUGCUGAAGGAGCAGCGGCUGAUGGGCGAGAGGGAGGGCCCCCUGGCAGCCGCGGAUGCCCAGGCCCUGGAGCUCCUGGAGGAGAAGCAGGACCUCGUCGGCCGGAGCCUGGAAGGCAUUGAGCUGGGCAUUGCUGAAGGCCAGAUGUUGAUCGCCCUCUCCUCGCACAUGGGGGUGCUGGAGGCGGAGAAGCAGAAGCUGCGGGCCCAGGUGAGGCGCCUGGGCCAGGAGAACCUCUGGCUGCGGGAGGAGCUGGCCGGCACCCAGCUGAGGCUCCAGCACAGCGUGGAGGCCGUGGCUCAGCUGGAGGAGGAGAACAAACACCUGCACUUCCUCAACCAGCUCAAGCACUACGAGGCCCCCCGGGAGGAGCAGGUGCGGCCUGGGGCGGGGGGGGGGGUGGAGGAAACCUUCCUCAGCACGGAGGACGACCAGAGGCCAGGUGUCCCGGGUGCCGCCGCCUUGGCAGCCCAGCAGGGCGGGUACGAGAUCCCGGCACGCCUGCGGACGCUGCACAACCUGGUGAUCCAGUACGCGUCUCAAGGGCGCUACGAGGUGGCGGUGCCGCUUUGCAAGCAGGCCUUGGAGGACCUGGAGAAGAGCUCUGGGCACAGCCACCCGGACGUGGCCACCAUGCUGAAUAUCCUGGCCCUGGUCUACCGGGUCUUUUGCUCUCGCGAAGCCUCCCUUUGUCCCUGCCAGGUGGCUGCCACCCUGAACAACUUGGCCGUGCUGUAUGGCAAGCGAGGGAGGUACCAGGACGCUGAGCCUCUGUGCAAGAGGGCUCUGGAGAUCCGAGAGAAGGUGCUGGGCAGCAACCAUCCGGAUGUGGCCAAGCAGCUCAACAACCUGGCCCUCUUGUGCCAAAACCAGGGGAAGUUCGAAGAGGUGGAGCAGUAUUACCGGCGGGCCCUUCGCAUCUAUCAGGCCCAGCUGGGCCCCAGUGACUGCAACGUGGCCAAGACCAAGAAUAACCUGGCUGCCUGUUUCGUGAAGCAGGGCAAGUUCCCGCAGGCUGAGCAGCUGUACAAGGAGAUCCUCUCCCUGCAGGACCAGGAGCCGAGCCCCCCCAGGGGCGAUUACAGCUGGACAGGAGCCGGCAACACCUGGGAAGGGCAGGAGGGGAUGAGGCGCAGCAGCUCCUUCUCCCGCUUCCGGGACUCCCUCAGACGCAGCAGUGAGAGGCUGGUCACCAAGCUGCGGGGCCAAGCGGUGGGGCAGCCCAAGGUCGCCGCAGGCCGCAGGAUGACGCGGGCCACGUCCCUCGGCACGCUGCAUGUGAAUGAGGCUGCAGCUGCCCCCGCCCCAAAGCCCACCCGGAACCUGAGCACCAGCACCCAGGACCUGGCGCACCGCUCCACCCACUAGGCCCGCCGG